UCAUUGACGGCUCGCGCUUACAUGGUCACCAUGUUCGGCCGACCUCGGGAAGGCCUCAUCUGGUAGACAUCCCAGGUGGGCAAAAGCACUUUACUACCUCUUCACUUCGCCGCGCUCAGCAUCAGCCGGCUUGACACUGUCCCUACUUAUGUCCACUGCCACUACGUGAAUCUUCUUUCUCCUAAGAGCUUGUCUGAACAGCGCUUCCAGAUCCUAAAUCUUCACAUCAACUGGACAAACGUCUGCCCGGCAACCAGCGAGCAUUGACCCAUAGACGAGUGCAAGCAUCAAGCAUCAAGGCGCCUUUUUCGCGAAGGCGGUAUGCUUCCGACCACUGCUCCUAUGUCAGCUCGCAACCAAGUAAGCACUCCCCGACCGCCUGGCGGUGUGGACCAAACGCCCAUAGCCUCCACCACUCGCGAAUUCGCCAUCGAAAAGUUCCGACGCUUUCGUCAGCUCCAGGAAGCCGAGGCUCUGAGCCCACUUCGCUUCAUUGACGACUACAAUAGGGGCAAGUUCGACGUGCUCAAGGUCUAUUAUCCCAAGGCCCUCCGCGAGUUGUUGUACGCCACUGCUCGAAGACUGAGCGAAGAGCAAGACCGGAGUGCGAGUGAUGAUGAGGAGGACCCCUUCAAUCGCACUACGUCAGCUGCGAGCAAGGAGGUCAACGUCUCUACCCUCAGUAGCAAGCGAAGCAUGCCACUCCUGCAGGGCUAUGCGUCACGUUCGCCAGCUAUCAGCCGUCGCAGCUCGCCGACACACUCCCUCGCUCCCUCGAUCUCAAUGUCGGAGCUGUCCAAUGCUCGAGGCAGGCUGCGUCGAGCCAUAGACCUACCACCUCUGUCACCACCUCCAAGUCGACCACUGCCCUCUCCUCCGGCGACGGGACAUUAUCAUCGACGAUGUGACGUACCUGGAGAGGCGUGAUACUGGCAGGCGUCGCGGGGAAGAGGACGGCUGGAAGAGCAUGGCUAGCAAAGCUGCAUCUCUCGUGAAGGCUAAGGCGAAAGGAAGACCCGAUAC